CUUCACUACUUACACUUCGGUACUUCACUGAUUGUAGAGAGAAACUUUCUGAUAGCAUACACUUUAGCCAAUCUUUCAUUCUGUUUCCAAUGGCUAUCUUCAGCAGGUGUUUUGUUCUCCUCUCUUUUUCAUUCUCAUUCUUCCUCUUGGCCUCUGCUUCAUCUGAAGCAGAUAUUCUUCUUUCAUUCAAGGACUCAAUUGAAGAUGUUUCGAACACUCUUUCUAGUUGGUCCAACACCACAGCCAUUCAUCAUUGUAACUGGACUGGAGUCACUUGCACAAAUACAUUUCCUCAGAAUGUCUACUUCAUUGACCUCCAGAGCAUGAAUCUCUCAGGUGAAAUCUCACCAUCUAUAUGUCAGCUUCCUAAUCUCACCAACCUCAACCUUGCUGACAAUCUCUUCAACCAAGCUAUCCCCUUGCAUCUCUCACUAUGUGCUUCUUUGGAAACCUUGAAUAUCAGUAACAAUCUCAUCUGGGGCACAAUCCCAGAACAGAUUUCUCAGUUCCAGUUCCUGAAAGUGCUUGAUUUCAGCAGAAACCACAUUGAAGGAAAAAUCCCAGAAGGCAUUGGCUUACUUAAUAACCUUCAAGUUCUCAACUUGGGUGGAAACUUACUUACAGGUAGUGUUCCAAUGGUUAUUGGAAAUUGCAGUGAGCUUGUGGUUCUUGAUAUAUCUCAAAAUCCUUUCUUGCUGAGUGAGAUACCAGCCGAUAUCGGUAAGCUUAAUAAGCUUGAGAUGCUUUUGCUACAAAGCUCUGGCUUUUAUGGUCAAAUCCCAAAUAUUUUCGAGGGUUUAAAAAGUUUAUCCAUUUUAGACCUGUCUGUUAAUAAUCUGACUGGCAGCUUGCCUCCAAUUGGUAUGUUUCUACCAAAUUUGGUUUCUUUUGAUGUUUCACAAAAUAAGCUUUUUGGGCCAUUUCCAAAUGGGAUAUGUGAGGCUAAAGAUCUUGCAAAUCUAGGUCUAUAUUCCAAUUCAUUUAAUGGUUCAGUACCCAAUGACUUGAUUAAAGAAUGCAGCAGCCUUGAGAGAUUUCAGGUUCAGAACAACAUGUUUACUGGGAAUUUUCCUUCUUGGUUAUGGUCUUUGCCCAAAUUGAAGCUCAUUAGAGCUGAGAACAAUAGAUUUUCUGGAGAGAUACCUGAUUCAAUAUCAAAAGCUACUCUGCUGGAGCAAGUUCAAAUUGAUAAUAAUAGCUUUGUAAGUAAAGUUCCUCAAGGUCUUGGGCUGGUAAGCAGCUUGUAUAGAUUUUCUGCAUCCCAGAAUAAGUUAUAUGGCGAGCUUCCUCCAAACUUUUGUGAUUCACCUGUGAUGAGUAUCAUGAAUUUCUCCCAUAAUUACCUUUCAGGGGGAUUUCCUGAAGUUAAGAAGUGUAGGAAGUUAGUCUCACUAUCUCUGGCUGAUAACAAUCUUAUUGGUGAAAUACCACAAUCACUAGCAGACUUGCCUGUGUUGACUUACCUGGAUCUUUCCCACAAUAACCUUUCUGGUCCAAUUCCGGGAGGCCUUCAGAACUUGAAGCUUGCUCUCUUCAAUGUGUCCUUUAAUAGGCUGUCUGGUAGAGUUCCAUUGUCACUGAUUUCUGGCCUUCCUGCUUCCUUUUUGCAAGGAAAUCCUGAUCUAUGUGGUCCAGGAUUGCCAAAUACUUGUUCGGAUGACCAGUCUAGGCACAGAACAGCUAAUCUUUCAAAAUUAACUGGUGCACUGAGCUCAAUAGCUUUGGUUUUUGUGGUAGCCAUUGUUGCUUUUGGAGUCUACGUAUUGAGACAAUCCCACAAGCAAAAAUCUCAAAUGGAUGCUUGGAAGUCGGUUUUCUUUUAUCCUAUGAGAAUUAAUGAGCAUGAUUUGAUAAUGGCUAUGGAUGAAAAGGCUGCUAGAGGAGAUGGUGGAGCUUUUGGACAAGUCUAUAUCGUAAACUUACCGAAUGGAGAGAGCGUUGCUGUAAAGAGAUUGGAGAAUUUCAGAAGUCAAUCUUUCAAAGCUUUGAAGACAGAGGUUAAAACCUUGGCCAAGAUUAGGCACCGAAAUAUUGUUAAAAUUCUAGGCUUCUGCCACAAUGAUGAUUCCCUCUUGUUGAUUUAUGAGAAUAUAUCAAGAGGGAGUCUUGGUGAUGUAAUCAGAAAACCCGACUCUCAGCUACCUUGGACCAUUAGGUUGAGGAUAGCUAUUGGAGUUGCUCAAGGAUUGGCUUAUCUUCACCAGGAUUAUCUUCCACGUUUGCUUCAUAGGAACAUUAAGUCAAGAAAUAUUCUUCUUGAUGCUGAUUUUGAACCAAAGCUUACAGAUUUUGCUCUGGAUAGAAUUGUUGGUGAAACUGCAUAUCAGCUAUCCCUGGCAUCGGGAUCUGAGAAGUCUUGUUACAUUCCACCAGAAUAUGGUCAUACGAAAAAAGCUACAGAACAGUCGGAUGCAUACAGCUUUGGUGUCGUCCUCUUAGAGCUUGUUACUGGCCGUCAAGCAGAGCAACCAGCGGCCAUGGACUCCCUCAAUGUUGUGAAAUGGGUAAGAAGAAAGAUCAACUUAAAAAAUGGGGCAGUUCAACUUCUUGACCCAAAGAUUUCACAAAACUGCCAACAAGCAAUGCUGGCAGUCCUGGAGAUUGCUGUGCAAUGCACCAAUGUGGUGCCAGAGAAACGGCCACGUAUGUCUGAAGUCCUGAAAGCACUUCAGUCCAUCAACUCAAGGAAUAGCUUAGCAAGCAAAGAAUUAUCAUCUUCUGGUGAAAGUUCAGUUCAUUUCUGAACUUGGAUUGAAAUGAAAAAUAGUUCUUUUUCCCCCUUUUGUACAUAUUGCUUGAAUUUACUCUCAUUUUGAAUGCCUUUCCUCAGAAAUAUGCAUCUUUUGUCUGGAAAUAGGUGCCCUCCAGAAAAGCUAGAGAACAGAAAGAAAUAUGCAUGUAAAUGCUUAGAAAACAGCAAGGAGUAUGUGUUGUAUGUUCAUUUGUUUCCUACCAAAUUUCAUAGAGGCUUUGCUAUGCUUAUUCUUGUUGAAAAGUACCUCCAAUUCAGUUUCUUGAUACCUUUUUCUUUUCUGAAGGCAGCAUAAAUCCCUUUACUUUGUACUCUAA